AUGGGCGUUCAACUCCCCGACCUGCAGUUUACCUCGCUCGAGGACAUUCCAGCCCGCGUGUCCACCUUGAAGAAGACGUUCCUGGAGCAUAAGACCCGCGACGUCGAGUUCCGCCUCGUCCAGCUUCGUAAGCUCUACUGGGCGAUCAAAGACCAUGAGGAGGAAAUCGUGGAGGCCUGCGCCCAGGACCUGGGCAAGCCGCGAUUCGAGACCGAGGUCGCGGAGAGCGGAUGGAUGCUGAACGAUAUUGUGUUCACGACCCGCAACUUGCACAAAUGGGUCAAGGACGAGAAAGCCCCCGAUAUUGAACUCUCGUACAAGUUUAUGAGUCCCAAGAUCAGAAAGGACCCGCUCGGCUGUGUGCUAGUUAUCGGUGCUUUUAACUUUCCUUUCCAGCUGACGAUGGGCCCUGUCAUCGGUGCCAUCGCGGCGGGUAACACUGUUGUCAUCAAGCCUAGCGAGAAUGCGCCUCGUAGUGCUGCCGUGAUGCAGAAGAUCGUCGAGGCCUCCCUCGACCCCUCUUGCUACACCAUGAUCCAGGGUGGCGUGUCUGAGACACAAGCCUUGCUGGCCGAACGCUGGGACAAGAUCUUCUUCACUGGUGGUGCCAAUGUCGGCCGCAUUAUUGCUAAGGCUGCCGCGCCGCACCUGACCCCAGUCGUCCUCGAGCUGGGCGGUAUUAACCCGGCCAUUGUCACCAAGAACGCGGACCCGCGCUUGGUUGCACGCCGCAUGCUCUGGGGCAAGACUUUGAAUGCCGGCCAGGUCUGCACCUCUCAGAACUACCUGCUUGUCGACAAGUCGCUGGUGACCAAGGUCGUGGAGGAAUUCAAGAAGGCCUACCAGGAAUUUUUCCCCAAGGGCGCGAAGGCGUCGCCCGAUUACUCACGUAUCGUUAACGAGGGCCACUUCCAGCGCCUCAAGUCUAUGCUAGACAACUCGAAGGGCAAGAUUCUGCUUGGUGGCACCAUGGAUGAGAAGGAGCUCUUCAUUGAGCCUACUGUUAUUCAAGUGGACUCCGUGGAGGACUCGCUGUGUGUAGAAGAGAGCUUCGGCCCCUUCAUCACUAUCCUGCCGGUUGAGGAUCUGGAUGAGGCUAUCAACCUGGCCAAUGGUGUCCAGAGCACUCCAUUGGGACUGUACCCCUUCGGCUCCAAGGCUGAUAUUAACAAAAUUCUCUCCUCGACCCGUUCUGGUGGCGUCUCUUGCAACGACGCUGCCCUACACAUCCCCACCUUGCCUUUCGGCGGUGUCGGCGAGUCCGGCAACGGCGCCUACCGGGGCCGUUCCAGCUUCGAUGUCUGGGUGCACCGUCGCCCCAUCACCAGCAGCCCCAGCUGGCUGGAGUCGAUUCUCGCCAUUCGCUACCCACCAUACGCUGGAAAGCUGAGCAAGUUCAAGGCUGCCAGCGCGCUGAUUCCAGACUUCGACCGCAGCGGCCGCAAGGUGACCUUUGGCUGGUUGCGUUACAUCUUGACCCUCGGCGGAGGAAGCGCUAAGGCUGGCGCUGGCCGCGCCGCCAUUGUUGCUGCCAGUAAGUGA